UUGGAAUCUAUCAGUUUGAAACAGGGGAUUCUCAAAUUUCUUCCAUUGAUGUCGAACUCUAAGGGUGGGGAAGAUCAGGGUAAUGCGCCAGUAAGGAGGAUAAGAAACCGUCCAGGAAUGCAUGAUCCAGAUGCUGAGGUAAUUGCUUUGUUACCUGAAAUUCUGUUAGAUAUUGCGACUCAUGUCUGCACUGUGUGUAAUGAAGACUUCCAGCGCGUACAAAAUCUAAGGUUUCACAUGAGAACACAUAACUUGCCGUUGCCGGAGUUCCAGGAGCCGUCGCACAGGGGAGGACGCGAGGGAAAAGUCUACAUUUGUCCCGAGCCCAGUUGCAAACAUCACGACCCCAAACAAGCUUUGGGCGAUAUCACGGCAAUAAAGAAGCAUUAUGCCAGAAAACACAGCAAAGAGAAGAAUUGGAAGUGUCCAAAAUGCUUCAAGAAAUACGCAGUGGAGUCAGAUUUAAAGGCUCAUGUUAAGAUCUGCGAUGGAUCAUCUUCUUCUGCUCCCCGCACUCCGUCGCCACCUCCGUCGCCGUCGUCGCCGCCGUCGCAGACGCAAACGCCGCCGCCGCCGCAAAGGAGGCAAAGGCAGAGGCAGACGCAGCAGCCGCAGACACAAACGCAGCCACCUCCGCAAAGGAGACAAAGGCAGAGGCAGAGGCAGACGCAGCCGCAGACACAAACACAGCCACCUCCGCAAAGGAGGCAAAGGCAGAGGCAGCCGCAGCCGCAGCCGCAGACUUCUUAUGAUCUGCGCUCUAGAGCUAACUCUAUCUCCGGUAACUAUGUUUAA